CUUCUUCUCUCCCCUCUUUCCUUCCCCGGUCCUAAGCUCCCGCUUUCCAUCUCUCCCCUCCGGGCAUCUUGCCUACAAACCGUCACCUGCACUUGAGCCUGUUAGCGGCACCCUUCCGAGAAGGGUCUCCUGAAGACCCCUGGCCCCUACUUCUUUAGCCUGGUAGCCCGGGGCAGAGCUCCUGCUUCCUAGGUUCCUCCCCCAUCACCCACAACGCUGCCCCACACCCUCUCCCUCCGCGUCUUUCCUUCCCCUCCCCGCGAAGUUUCAGGGCUGUCAGUCCCAGAGUCUUUCGGGCAGCCCGCACCCAAGCUGCAGGCAGCGGGCGCCAUUGUGCAUACGGCCGCCCGGGACCGGAGGCCCGAGCGCCUGGGUCCCCGAAACGGGCCACGGCACAGAGCCACAGGAGCCCGCCAGGGUCUGUGACCUGAUCACCUAGGAGAGCCACUCCUGUGGCCACGAGAGAGACCCUGGAGGCCCUGAACUCCUUGGGGGUUGAAGUUAAUAACUGGCCAGGCUGCUGGGGAGCUUGGGCAGUCCUUUGUCCAUGCAGACAACAGAUAUGCUCCUUCCUGUGCCAGCUGGGAAAAUGCCCAUCGAUACCAGUUCAAUACCAGAAGCUUCAUUUGAACUCAUCCCUCUGCCUAUAACAGGAUUCUCAGUGGGACAGCCAGAAAUGGCUCCCCAAAGUGAGUCCAGCAAUGGGUUCAAUAAUGCCCAGGGGAAGAUGUCAUCUAGGGAAGAGGGGACACAGCACUCAUGCUCAGAGCAUGAGACCCCUGGCCAGAAAGAAGGCAUCCACACAGAACAAGCUGAAGCUCCUUGCAUGGGCAGCCAGGCUUGUACCCCACGGAAGACUGAGCCUGCAGGCUCUGUCCCAGGGGAGGAAUGGAUGAUUCGGAAGGUGAAGGUUGAAGAUGAGGAUCAGGAGGCAGAGGAGGAGGUGGAAUGGCCCCAGCAUCUCUCCUUCCUUCCCAGUCCUUUUCCUGCUCCUGACUUGGGUCACCUGACUGUUGCAUACAAACUGGAGCCGGGGACUCCGGGAUCUCUAGGUGGGCUCGCGCUGUCAGGGUGGGCUCCGAUCCCUGAGAAGCCUUAUGGCUGCGAGGAAUGUGAGCGGCGUUUCCGGGAUCAGCUAACUCUGCGGCUGCAUCAGAGGUUGCACAGGGGCGAGGGUCCCUGUGCCUGCCCGGACUGUGGCCGCAGUUUCACGCAGCGCGCCCAUAUGCUGCUGCACCAACGCAGCCACCGCGGUGAACGUCCCUUCCCUUGUUCUGAGUGCGAUAAGCGUUUCAGCAAGAAGGCACACCUGACCCGCCAUCUCCGCACACACACCGGCGAGCGGCCCUACCCAUGCGCUGAGUGUGGCAAACGCUUCAGCCAGAAGAUCCACCUAGGUUCUCACCAGAAGACCCACACCGGAGAGCGGCCCUUUCCCUGUACCGAAUGUGAGAAGCGUUUCCGCAAGAAGACACACCUGAUCCGCCACCAGCGCAUCCAUACCGGCGAGAGGCCCUACCAAUGCACCCAGUGCACACGCAGCUUCACACAUAAGCAACACCUGGUGCGGCACCAGAGGGUGCACGACGCUGCUAGCCGCACCCGGUCCUCUACCGACGCUCCUGCCUCGCCCCAUUCACCCUCCUCGUCCCCUCCUGGGCCUAAGCCUUUCGCUUGUUCCCACUGUGGCUUGAGCUUUGGCUGGAAAAAGAACCUCGCUACGCACCAGAGUUUGCAUCUCACCGAGGGUCGCCCUUUUGGGUGCGAUGAAUGUGCACUGGGCGCCACCGUAGACUCCUCCGCCACAGAACCCUCAGCCUGCGCUCCCCACGCUCCUGACUGUGGCCCAGGUUCGGGGCCUGCGACACCCCAGCACACCACCCCCGGUGAGCGCUCCUUCUUCUGCCCUGACUGUGGGCGCGGCUUUGCUCACGGGCAGCACCUAGCCCGCCACCGGCGUGUACACACCGGGGAAAGGCCCUUCGCUUGUGCGCAGUGUGGCCGCCGCUUCGGCUCGCGGCCCAAUCUGGUCGCCCACUCCCGGGCCCACAGUGGAGCCAGACCUUUUGCCUGUGCGCAGUGUGGCCGCCGCUUCAGUCGCAAAUCUCACCUAGGUCGCCACCAAGCAGUGCACACAGGCAGUCGCCCCCACGCUUGUGCUGUCUGCGCCCGCUGCUUCAGCUCCAAAACCAACCUGGUCCGCCACCAGGCAAUCCAUACCGGCUCCCGCCCCUUCUCCUGCCCGCAGUGCGCCAAGAGUUUCAGCCGCAAGACCCAUCUUGUGAGGCACCAGCGUAUCCAUGGCGAAGUGACCCUCCCAACCUCGACCUCGAACCUUUCAGCUCCAGUUUGGCCCAAUUCCUCUGAGGUUGUGCCACCUCCAAUCUUCUUCUAAGCGAAGUUCAGACCCUCAUCCUUCCUUUCCUAACAGAUUUGGGAGACUCAUUCCUGGAGACUUCGUGGGCUUUCCACUUAGGUUUCUGCUGAAGUACCAGGAGACAUUCCAUUGUCCUUUCCAUAAAGUUGAGAAAUCCGAAAAGCAUACUUAGCUCUUGACAGCCGUGACAGUGAACAUGCAGAGAUUUCCAUGCAUUGGAAAUCGGGAGUUUGGGGGGGAUCAACUGGACCAGGGGGAGACUGAGCAGGAUAUUUCUUUCUACCUAAAGGGAAAGAACAGUUAUUUAUGUACUUGAAGUUCAUUAAAGUUCAAAUCUGAA